AUUAAGAAAGGAAAGAGAAUGAGAUCGAGCAGCGGGUUUUAAAGAUACUAGUGACAAAGAUAGUAUCAAUUGUAAUUUUCAACCGACUAUUCCAGAGGGCAUUUCACCUUGUCACCUCUACUUAGCGAGACCGACUUAUCGGAUGGUUGGCAAGGGGAAAGUUCAUAACAAUUUGGGUGAAUUACUUCACACUAAACCGCUCCCUACUGGAUCUUUGAAAGUCUCGGUUGAUAUUGCUUUGGAGAAGGAUGCGUUAUUACCACAUCCUGACGAUGUUUCGGAUGCAACUUUAUUGGGAGAUGCCAUAGGUUCAUUUGUUGCAUGGCCGACAGACCUCAUUAUCGUAGGAUAUGAGACUCCCACAAAAUCCAAAGCAAAAGAUAAGGGGAUUGCGCGGGAAAUCGAGUCAGUUGCAUCGCAAAAAGAGAUUCCUGUUGCUAAGAAGACUGAAAUUUCCAAGAGGACCGAGGCUAAAAAGAAAAAUCCUUCCAAGUAUAGAGCGUGCCUCCAUACAUAUUUAGAAACGACAGAUAUUUCGGAUGGAUGUGUUCGUUUAAUACCUAUGGAUGGAGCUAUUUUUGGUUUUGAGUAUGCCGAGCCAUUGGGUAAAGAGGAUUUUGAUCAAAUUUUGUAUCAUACGCAAUUAAGCGUUGGUGUUAUCAACACAUACAUGAGGUAUUUAUAUGACAAAUUGAUGGGUCCGCGUGGGUUGGAGCAAAGAUUCUCAUUCUUAAAUCCCAUGAAAACGAACUUAACCGAAAUGAUAAGAAAACCAGAUGAAGUCAGGACGUAUGUAGUCGAGCGCUUUAUGGCCGACACAGAUAGAGAAAAGUUGUUCUUUUUACCGUUUAAUACCGGCGACGGUGGACAUUGGUUGUUGGUCGCGAUAAAUCCUUUUAAAGAAAUUGUGUAUUAUUUGGAUUCUUUACACAAUGAUUGGACAACAUACCCUGCUAUGAAGACGAUAGUUGACACCAUUAUACAAACUGUUCGAGCACAAAGAAAAAUUCAAGUACCAAAGAGAAAAGCCAAUAACAUUACAUGGAAUAGAGUGGAGUGUCCUCGACAGCGUAAUAAUAUAGAUUGUGGAUAUUACACGUUGAGGUUUAUGAAAGAAACUCUUCUUAUGGAUCGAACAGAUAUUCCAUCUGAUUACUUUGAUGAAUAUAGAUGUGCUUAUUACUCAAAAGAUCAGUUGGAUGAAAUUAAAGAGGAAUUGUGUCAAUUCAUUAUCGAGCUACAGGUUUUGUGAGGUUAUAUAGCAUAUUUAGAAGAUAGAACUAGAAUGUGUUGAAAUACAUUUUGAUUAGCAUUUUUGGAGGUUAUUAGAAAUGUGUAGAUUUUUUGUAAAGGCAAACAUUUUCAAGUAUAUAUAUAAAUACUCAAAAAACUGCUGAAAUUAGAAGUA